CGGAUUGUCUGCUUUCUUGAUACCAUCACUUCAAAAGCAUUCACCCACACGGGAUGCUUCCAGGCUCAGGGUCUAGGAUACCUAGAUAUUCUCACUGACUUUAUGAUACCAUUCACAAUCAUCCGGAUCAAGGUCUACCCCUCUAGAGCAGCUUCAUCAAGAUCCAAGGUCAACAAGGUCAAGUAUACUCCUCCCGGAUAAGGACUCAUCCCCAGAUCUCGUUUAGCCACCAGGUCCAGACACAACUCGUCGCUGCCUCUGUCUAUCCCAAUCUCUAUCCGAUCAUCCAGAGACACAAAGUUCUGUGAGUCAGACAUGUCAUGGAACGACCCACUCCAGGGUCCACCGUUUACCCCGGACCCAACUGCUGUGACGGGGUAUAACUAGCUGCUCCCCAGCUGCUCUUCCACCGAACAACCACCUCCAAGCACCUUCCAACAUGCCAUUCAAUAUCAUCAUCGUCGGGGCCGGCCUGAUCGGCCCCCGCCACGCCCAAACCGUCCAGGCCAACCCCAAUACCAACCUCCUUGCCCUGGUGGACCCCUCCCCCAACGCCGUCCAAACGGCCGAGACCCUGCAGACAGCCUACUUCCCCUCCGUGGCCGCCCUCCUCGCCAGCCCCUCCACCCCGCGCCCCGACGCAGCCAUCGUCUGCACCCCCAACCACACGCACAUCCCCAUUGCCACCGACCUCCUGGCGCAGGGCAUCCACGUCCUGCUGGAGAAGCCCAUCAGCGACGACCCAGCCACGGCCCGCGCCCUCCUCUCCACCCUCACCCCGUCAUCCCCGAAACUGCUCAUCGGCCACCACCGCCGCUUCAACCCCUACAUCACCGCCACGAAGCAGCUCCUCUCCCGCAACGCGCUGGGCCCGCUCAUCGCGCUCAACGGCCUCUGGACCCUGUACAAACCCGACAGCUACUUCGCCCCACCGGGCGACUGGCGCCGCAGCACCACCACAGGCGGCGGGGUGCUCUCCAUCAACCUGAUCCACGACAUCGAUCUGCUGCACUACCUCUUCGGCCCGAUCACGCGGGUCUUCGCCGAGCAAACCCCCUCCACUCGGCCAUCCCCGCCGCACGACGCCGAAGAAGGCGCCGCGAUCACCCUGCGGUUCGCCUCCGGCGUGGUCGGCACCUUCCUGGUGUGCGACGCCACGCCAGCGCCAUGGAGCUUCGAGGCCGGCACCGGCGAGAAUCCGCUCAUCCCGCAGGUGCAGGGGCAAGGCGGCGAAGGGUUCUACCGGAUCUUCGGGCAAAAGGGGUCGCUGAGCGUCCCGGACAUGCGGCUGUGGAGCUACGAGGGCCGCGCGCAGCGCAGUUGGAACGAGGAGCUGGCCGUGGAGCGGGCGGCGGUGGACACGACGCAGACGCCGUUCGCGCUGCAGCUGGCACACUUUGUGGAGGUGCUGGAGGGGAAAGUUGAGCCUGUGUGCACGGGGGAGGAGGCAUUGCGGGCGCUGGUGGUGGUGGAGGCGAUCGGCCGGGCGCUGCAGACGGGGCAGGUGGUGGACGUGGAGAAUUAGCCUCGGUCUGGAUAGUUAGUGACUGUAGUAUAGUCAGUAUCAUAA